CGCCAUGAUACGGGGCAGUAUUCCUCCCUCCACGUUGCGCCCAUCAACGAACAGCUUCGACUGCACUGCGGACGAGAAUUUACCUAACGAUCGCAUUUCACCCUCGUCUUCCUACAGCCUAUCCCUCCGCGCGACAUGUUCGGCGCCUUCAACCGCUUCAUCGGGCUGGACGCCGAGCCAGCUCAGCAGCCCCGAUCGUCGACCGCGGACAACUCCUUCGGCUUCCAGGUACUCCGCAACAAGGACCCGGAGGUGCCCCUCGAGCCGUGGUUUGAUUUCAUCAUCGGGAUCAAUGGACGUUUGAUCGAAGACCCAGACCCGAACCUCUUCGCAACCGAAGUCCGCAAUUGCGCCGGCUCCAGCGUAACCUUUGAAGUCUGGAGCGCCAAAGGCCAAAAAUCCCACACCGUCUCCCUCCCCGUCCCCGCAACCGCAACUGCAUCCCCAACCCUAGGCCUUGCCGUGCAACUAGCCCCGCUCUCCUCGACGCAGAACAUCUGGCAUGUGCUAUCGAUCCCCUCGCCGCUGAGCCCGGCCUACCGGGCGGGUCUGCUGCCGCACUCGGACUACAUCAUCGGCACGCCGAGCGGCACGCUGCGCGGGGAGUCGGCGCUGGGCGAGCUGGUCGAGGACCACUUGGACCGCACCCUGGUGCUGUGGGUGUACAACAGCGAAUUCGACGUCGUGCGCGAGGUCGAGCUGAUCCCCACGCGCGGCUGGGGCGGCGAGGGCGCCCUCGGCGCCGAGCUGGGGUUCGGGGCCCUACACCGGUUGCCUGUUGGGUUGGGGGAGGAGGUCGAGGGGCCUGGGGAGGUGGUCUUCGAAACGGCGCCGUCGGGCUCGGCCUCGACCUCGCGGGUGGGUGAUGGGCCCUCCGGGGUGGUUCAGUUUGGGGGGUAUGCUCAGCAGCACCACCAGCCGGGGCAGGAGCAGCAGCAUACUCAAGGGUAUGGGUACGGGUACGGGUACGGGGAUCAAGGGCAGGGCCAAGGGCAGGGCCAAGAGCAGCACCAGUUCCUCGUGCCGGCGAAUCUAAGCUCCCCGCCUCCGCCGCCUAUGGCGGGGACGCCGACACAUCGCGUGGCGAGUCCGGCGACGACGACGACAACGACGGGAGCGGUAGCAAGCCAUGGACGUUCGCACCGGAAGGCGAGGGCGGCGCCCAGUGCGUCGGCCUUUGAUGAGUAUUUCGCGGAGGGGUUGCAGAAGAGUAAAGAGUUGGAUUAUGCCCCGUCGAGUCGGAAGGGGACUCCCCUGCCGCCGCCUCCGAAGAAGGGUGGUGGUGCGGUGCAGAGCCCCCCUCCGCCGCCUGUUACGAGUGGCUCGCCGAGUCCCGCGGCGGAGUAGCCAGAGUCCUAGUAGCAGCAAAGAAGCUUCUUAUGUCUCGUUGUAAAGUAUCGUGCGUCUAGUCCUCCGGAGUUAAAGCUGUCAGGGCUGGUGGGCUCAGUGAGAUCCUCUUUUCUUGCCGGAGAUGGCCCGGGAUUUUACAGAGUUGGUUGAAAGGCAUGGGGAGGAAGCUUGUCUAGAACCGUGCGUUCUUCAAUUCUAACCCUCGUAAAGUACACACAUACACACAACCAGACAAAUAGACAGAGAGACGG